AUGCCUUCUUAUGCUACGUCUCCCACAUCAGGGCAACACGUCUCGGAUAAACCCCGUCUCCGCGUCACUACACAAUCCAUUCCGGGUUCCUCGACUCAGUCUCUGCGGAGCGCCCCCUUACCGUCCACGACGACUUCAUCACAUACCACACCAUUCCACGACGACGACGAGGCCUUCAAGGUUCACCCCGAACGCGCCGCCGUCUCAAGGAUGGAAACGCUUCUGAUGUUGAGUGCUUGUCGAGCUGAGGGUGUGGGCUCUAGAUCGGAGGUAAUUAUGGGUCAUCCCACUGCUGACGGUGUUGUCAUUGUGUCACCGGUUCACGACCAUUUUGGAUACCCCGGUCUUAGCCCACAAACGGCUGGGCACAAUUAUCAGACCUUGACGCAUCCUAACCUCUUGGGCUUGAGCGACAUCAAGAUCCGAGGUCCGCCAGAAGCGCCUGGAGAUAUGGGUUUUCGAACGGGCGCUGUAAUUUCGACUCAGGAGAGGUCACCAACUCACCGCCGCGCGCGACAACGUAGCGGUUCGGUCGGCGCACCCACUUUGCCUGAUUCUACUCACCGAGCGAGGGGACACCAUGGGUCACACCGCAGCCGCCAACGCUCAACCUCGCUCAUUGUUCAAGGACUGUCACCCGACGCGGUCAAGAAGCUACGUAUGUACGAGCAAAUCAAGUACCAAGGCAAGGGGAAACCGGAGAGUUUGAGGGAAAUCGUUUACGGAGCGCGAGCCAGGAAAAACGCGAUACUCUCCUUAUCAAAAACUCCCAUUUCUGCCGCCGAGGUUCCAUUACCGUCAUCUCCUAUUCUUCUCCCUACAAAUCACCAGAAAGAACCAUCUUUUAUGGCCUCUCAAGUUCCCGAUCCACCUUCUCCACGUAACGUCCCUCUGCCCAUAUCUCCUCCUCAGUCUCCCGAUCUAUGCGCCCCGGUUAAUCAUUCAGCACCCCCUAUAUCGUCUCUUAUAUCCUCCGACUCCUUGAUCAGGUAUCAUGCGAGCCAAGGAAUCAAUCACCUCGUCCUAUAA